AUGUUUAGUGACUAUAUAUAUUUCUUCUUUCAUUGGCUGACUUCUGACUAUAAAAUGUCAUUGUCCUACUUUCUUUGGAAUAAUUUCCAGUUGGAUCCUGAUUUUUAUGAAUGCACCGAAAAUGUAACUAUAACAGUUAUUGGUGCAAAGCAAGUGGUGUGGGGAAUUUAUUUUUUAGUGUCUGGUUUAUUCAUUUUGAUUUUAUACAGCAUAUGUCUAAUUGCUAUUGCUAAAAGUGAGCAAAUGUUAAAACCCGCUUAUAAAACCAUGAUGUUCCUUGGUAUUUGCGAUGUGUUUUCUACAGUAAACCAUUCCAUUGCAACUGGAAUAUUUGGCUUUUAUGGAAUUUCAUUUUGCGAUUCUCCUCGUGUAUUUUAUAUUCUUGGAGUUAUUGGAAUGAGCUCUUGGAUGGGAUGUUGCAUUUCAAGUAUUGUAUUGGCAUUCAUUCGAGUUUGCGAUUUAGACAAUCUGAAUGACACCAAAAAAUGUUUCGAAGGUUGGAAAAUAUUUGUGAUUUUAGGAAUAUUUUGUGUUUAUGUUAUUUAUCCGAUGCUCUUCACAAAACCUAUUAUUUUCAAUCUGACCCAUAUGUCAUGGUUUUUUGAUCCGGGAGUUGGAAAAGAUCCAAACCUUUACGUUAAUAUUUACCACAUUUUCAACAACAUGAUGGUAUCAAUAUGUACAGUUCUCUUUUAUGGAUAUCUAGUAUGGAUUUAUUUGAAAAAAUCUACACAAAGUUCAACAAAAAAAUUAACAAAAAUGCAAGCAACGGUUCUACUUCAAGCUUUUUUAUUUUGCUUCUUUCAUGCAACAAGUUCCGUUGUUUAUGUCUAUAUGAACUUUUUCGAGAUUUCCGAAUUAUUAAUUGUCAUUGGGCAUUUUUUCUGGCAAUUGAGCAGUGGAACGGUUUGCAUUAUUUACUUAACACUAAACAAGUCCAUAAGACAAGAAGUGCGGAAUCUGAUUUGCCGAAAUCAACAAAAUUCAAUCAAUGCAUUUAGUUCCCAUAAUUGA